CUGCUAAUCUUUACAGUACUCGGUGUUGUAGCAGGAAUUAUUCUGGGUAUAUCAUUACGAGAUCCCGAUGCUAAAUGGAGCAAACGGCAUUUGAGUUAUCUACGAUUUCCUGGUGACGUCUUCGUUCAAAUGCUCAAAAUGCUGAUUCUUCCGCUGAUCAUGUCGAGUAUAAUAACAAGCUUGGCAUCUGUGGAUUCAAACACUGCUGGAAAACUUGGAUUGAUAUCAUUGGUAUACUACUUCUUGACAACUAUGAUGGCCGUCAUACUGGGUAUUGUAUUGGUAGUUCUUAUUCAACCUGGAAAGUGGAUGACAACUAAUAUUGAAGAAAUUGUUGGCGAGGUUAGCAAGGCUCCAUGUAUCUCCACUGCAAUGGAUACAAUUUUGGAUCUAGUGAGGCCAGUCCAGUCUUGCAGCCGCACUUACCACCACAUGAAUGCAAACUCGGCCUUAUUCCCAGAAAAUCUUAUUGAAGCAACAUUUCGAUCGCAUAAGGUAUGCAUGAAGUUCUUAAAUGGCUCCGAAUCGGUAAAUCCUGACUACGUGCUGAAAAUGAGCCCAGAGGCUCGCGCGGUUUUUACGGAACUUCCUGAAAAAAUUACGUCCGAUGGGAUGAACAUUCUUGGACUAGUAAUGUUCAGUGUAGCCUUCGGAAUUACGAUUAGCUGGAUUGGGGAGGAAGGGCUGGCUCUAAAAGCAUUUUUUAAAAGUCUUGAAGCAGUCAGCAUGAAGCUCAUCUCACUCGUACUCACCCAUCGGCAUCACUUUCCUCAUAGCGGCACAAAUAGUUUCUAUGAAAAAUCCGGGAAAAGAGCUUCAGCGAUUGAUGGGUUACAUGAUUACGGUGUUGAUCGGGCUGUUCAUCCAUGGCUUUAUUUUGCUUCCAAUUCUGAUGAUCACAGUGAGCAUCUAUCAUUGCCACCUGAUUACAGUCAUUCACUAAUACACAAUAUUCAGCUAGCCAGAAGGAACCCUGUCAAAUACGUCUGCGGAAUGGCUCAAGCUCUUUUGACCGCUUUAGCGACAAGCUCAAGCUCGGCUACACUACCGCUAUCAAUUAAAUGCGUUGAAGAAAAUAACGGUGUGGACUCUCGCGUCGCUCGAUUCGUUCUUCCUCUUGGAGCAACGAUGUAAGU